GUUUCCUGUAUCCCGAUCAUUGUCUUCAAGUCAGAAACAAAGUGUAUCUUCCACCGAUCAGGUAGACAUGGGAGUAUGACAUGGACGUCGUUGCGAAAGGGUUGGUCAAUAGCACAGCUCCUUGCCUCCUUGGAUCUCUUUGUCGUUCUAUUCGAAUUGGGUCGAGAGAUUUCCCGUUGUUAGAGCCUAAUUCUACUCGUGGGCUUCAAAUUUUUCCAUGGAUUUCGAGUUCGAUUUCGCGAAGAAGCGCAUCCAGUUACUGGUGUUCAUAAUCGGCACCAUCGUCCUCAGUUUCACCGCGGAGAAAUGUCGCCAUCUGGUUGGAGAGGAAGCUUCAUCCCAGAGUGGAAAGUUCACAUUCUUGAAUUGUUUUGACAUGGGUUCUGGGUCUGUUGCUUGUGGUGUGAAGGAGGGGGUAAAACUCUACUUUUAUAACAUCCAAUCCGCCCAUGUUGAGAGAGUACGGCACACAGCACUCGAGACCGCAUUGGCCGAUGCAAUUACUCAGGGAAUGUCUGCAAAGGAAGCAGCAAAACACGCACAGAAAGAGGGAGUGAAGGCAGCAAAGCUGGCAAAACGACAAGCAAAACGUAUCAUAGGACCGAUCAUCUCUUCUGGAUGGGAUUUUUUCGAAGCUAUAUACUAUGGCGGUACUGUCACAGAAGGCUUCCUUAGGGGCUCAGGGACUCUUUUUGGCGCAUACGCUGGAGGUUUCAUUGGCGAACAAAGACUUGGGAGGUUCGGGUACCUAAUAGGAAGUCAUUUAGGUAGUUGGGUUGGAGGUAGAAUAGGACUUAUGGUAUAUGAUGUUGUCAAUGGAGUGCAUUUCUUGCUCAAUUUUGUUCAAGGUGAAGAAGAAAGUGAAGUCCAUGAAAAGGAGGCAGCCUAUGUCGAAAAUGAAGCUUCCUCUGACGGCUCACAUGUUUACGAUGCUCCUAUAUACAACAACUUGGAAGAUUUUGAAGAAUCAUACCACUAUGAAUCAUCGCCGUCGGAUGAAUCUGUAGAUCAUGAGAACUCCGAGUUUAGAUGAUGUAUACUUGUGACUUUUCUUGGAUGCUUUGUUGAGUUAGAUUCAAGAGAUUUAAGGGUUUCGAAGGGAACAAUAUUUUAGGUUAGAUUUUGUUGGGGUUCAUGGGUGUAGAAAACCUUUAUCAUUUUUAAAACUGUUUUGUUCCAUGGAAUUGGAGGUGAUAGAAAUAUUGAAUUGAAAAAGGCAUUUGAUGGCA